CAAUUUCUUGUCGUUUAGAUUUUAUCAAACUGAGAAGAUAUAGUAUUUGAUUUGUAUACACCAAUGGAAUGAAGAGUGCUUGUCAUCGUGUUAUUAGUGAUCGAACAAUGUUGCGAAUUCUGAUGCUGACGAUUUUCAGCUGUGCUAGUGCGAAUGCAGCUGCUACUACACGUACAAGAUCGUCAACGACGCUUAGUUGCAUUGCGGUUAGAAGUUACUUUGAAGCUGAAGGGUUUCCCGCUAGUAACAUACCUAAGGAACCUAUUUCAUCAAGAGAAUUGAAAACAUGUGGUGGUAUAAGUAGCGGUGGUCGAGUCUGCUGCACAACCGAGAUGGAAUUACGAUUACAAGCUAAAGCUCGUGAAAAACAUGAUAGAGCGACCAAAGAGAUUCUUCAGCGCCUCCAGAAUAUUUUAUACACUAGAGCCAUUAAAUUUCAUGAUUUUUUCAAUGAGUUAUUGAAGACAAGUAAAAGAAGUUUUCAUGAAAUGUUUAAGAAAACAUACGGCAUCCUAUAUGAACAGAAUGCUUAUGUAUUCAUAGAUCUUUUCCGAGAACUAGAAAAGUAUUAUACAAAAGGUUUGGUGGAUCUGGAUGAUGUGAUGGAUACUUUCUUUAAUACACUCUACCAAAAGAUGUUCACGGUAUUAAAUAGUCAAUAUAAAUUUGAUAACAAGUAUCUUGAAUGUGUUGGACACCAUAUGAAAGAAAUGAGACCCUUUGGCGAUGUACCACAAAAGCUAGGUGUUCAAAUAAAGCGCUCCUUUAUAGCAACAAGAGCUUUCAGUCAAGCCCUUCAAGUUGCUGCUGAAGUUUUAAAAAAAAUGCAGCAGCUUUCAGUUUCCAGUGAAUGUACCGCAGCAUUAACGCGAAUGACAGCUUGCCCGUCUUGCAGUGGUAUUUCUGAUAAUAUGCUUGCUUGUAAUGAUAUGUGCGAAAAUGUAAUGAAGGGUUGCUUAGCACAACACGCAGCUCUAGAUGCAGAUUGGAAUCAUUUUGUUGAUGCUGUAGAUAAAGUGGCGGAUAGAUUGCUUGGACCUUUCAAUAUUGAGAUGCUUGUACGACCUAUUAGCCUUAAGAUUUCAGAAGCAAUAAUGAAUUUCCAGGAAAAUAGUAACGAUGUAUCACAACGCGUUUUUACUGGUUGUGGUAGGCCAGUGUUGGGACGUAGACGUAAGAAUACGAAUAUGCCUGACCUCAAAGAAAUAGAUGAAACUAGAUCAUUGGACUUUGAAGAAAAUAGUGAGAUGUCCGAAGAGGAUGAAGAAAUAGAGGAACAGCACUCAACUGCGGAUAUUCUUGAUAAGCUAGUUAAGGAAAUAAAACAACGUAUUCGUGAUUCAAGACAGUUUUGGCUCUACCUACCAUACAAGCUUUGCAGUGAUGGCCUUGUUGUUCCGCCUAGCAACACCAAUGACUGUUGGAACGGCACCCAUGUUGACAAGUACAUCUACCCACUAUCAUCGAAUGGUGAAUCACAAAACUUGAAUCCGGAGGUACGCGCCACAGGACCACUGGUCGGAGUCGUUAGAGCGCAGAUCUUCGCAUUAAGUAGUAUCAGCAAUAGAUUGCGCUCUGCUUUUAAUGGACAUGAUGUUGAUUGGAUCGAUGCUGAAGAAAUUUGGUCAUCGGGUAGCGGUUCUGGAUCCGGUGGUAUAGACCCUAUCACCGAUGAUGAAGAUGGUUUUGCCGAAGAGGGUAGCGGAAACGAGGGUACACAUAAGCACACACUUGAUCUUGCUCCAAAUAUAAUUCGAUCUAAAGAGUAUAAAGAAUCGAAAUUACCAGUUUCAACGUCAACAUUUCGAAUUGAUGUGUUUGAAAAUGGAUCUAAAUAUGAGCCUGAACGCGAUUCUAUUAGUGAUCCCAGUUCCGACUUGGGAUUUAAUCUAAAUCGCGGUUCCAAAGUAAAUGGAAAUAGAACGUCUAUGGAUACAGGGAUAGCUGAUACGCCUCGACGAAUGUCUCUUACAAGAGCACUUACGACUUACUUCCUACCUAUAGUUGUCGUGUGGUUCGGAGGUUGCCUUACCGAAUGGCUAUGAUCUGUAUUUAAUAGAAGUUUUAUUUGUUUCUUGUAAAUAUUCCUCAUUGAAGAGCUUUGCAAGCAUUGUGAUGAACUGCAAUUACUUUUAUUACUUAUCGAUUGCUUUUAAAUUCAUCGUUUUUGGUACGUAUGAAUGUGUCACGUGUCUGAUAAAAUAAGUUUGAAAGUGCUUAUAAUUCUUCUAUCCUUGGUGAAUAAAUUUAAUUGUGUGCAUAUGCGUCCGUGUGUGUUUACCUUUAUGGUAAUGAUAUUGUAAUAGAGAACUGACGUACAUUUUUGUAAACAUUUAAAUAUAUCACUAUAUUAUUUUAUUGCGAUCAUUGUUUAAUGAUAAACGUGUUGGCAUCACCAUUUAGAAAUAUAAUUUUAAAUAGCUUUAUCAAGUUUUGUAAAUAUUAAA